AUGAAUAUUUUGAAAUUAACAAACGGUCGUGAGCUUUCCUACCUGAAUGAAGUCGAAAUUCGGAUGGGAAUCGAUGAAAGAAAAGGAGAAGAACGGUAUAAAGACGAAUUGGAAAACAUGGGAAUUUCAGAUAUUACAGUUCACAAAUAUGAAGGAGGAUUCAAGAUUUGGGAGUGUACCGUCGACUUGUGUGAUUUUAUUGAAGAGAACCAGUCGUUAUUUGCUGGAAAAACAGUGUUGGAGCUGGGAUGUGGUGCAGCACUUCCAUCCAUUCUAACGGCUGUACAUGGUGCAAAAGAAGUCUUCGCUCAGGAUUUUAAUGCGUCAGUUAUCGAGUUUUUCACAAUUCCAAACUUCGAAGAGAAUCCACAUUCAGCUGUCGUUCAGGGAGAAGCGAUGGGAUGGGAAGAGGUACCGACGAAGUUGAAUGGAAGAAAAUUCGACUUUAUUCUAUCAUCGGAAACAAUCUACAACGAAGAAGACUAUCAGGCUCUUCACGAUGCUCUCGUGGCAGCAAUAAAAGAUGAUGGAGUCGCUUGGUUCGCUGCUAAAUUUUUCUACUUUGGAGUUGGAGGAAGUGUUCCGGCAUUUUGUCAAUUCAUCAAUGAACGUGGAAUUCUUGUAGCUUCGGAAGCCAAAGUGAUCCAGGCAUCAGUACCCAGAAGAAUUAUUGAAAUCAAGAAAGUCUAA